AUUUGGACAAAAGAUUUGAGCUUUGAUGGAAUCAAGAAUGGAAGGAGAUGUGUAUUCUGGAUUUGGUGGGGAGAGAUACCAGAUGGAUGGUAAAGUGUUGCAGAAUUUUCAGAAGAGCUUUGUUCAAGUUCAAGACAUUCUUGAUCAAAACCGGCUUUUGAUCAACGAGAUCAAUCAGAACCACGAGUCUAAACAAGCUGAUCACUUGGGUAGAAAUGUUGGUUUGAUAAGAGAGCUCAAUAACAAUAUCAGAACUGUGGCUAGUCUUUAUGGAGAUCUCUCUCAUUCUUUCGCCAGAUCGGUUGAUGCUUCAUCCGAAGGGGAGUCUACAGGUACACUUAAAUCUGAUGGCAAGGCCAACAACAACAACCAGAAGAGGUUUAGAUCCGGGUAACAACAUAACCAACAACCAAAAAAAAAUAAAAACCAAUCUUGAUUAUGUAGAUUCAAAAAGCUAAUUUGAUUGUGGAUUAAGGAGUGACAAUGUUUGUUGUUGUUGUUGUCCAACAACAAUAUGAACAUUAAUAUUGUUUUUUCUUAAGGGUCUUCUUCAACAGUUUUGCUUCCUGUAAUCUCUGUUGAAAUUGUUAUCUACAUAAUGUUUAUGUCUUUUGAUUCUGAGAUAAUAAAAGAAGUUUUCUUCUUUUGUUAGA